AUGCAGUUGUUGAUCGCUCUGCAGAGCAGCUGCUUGGUGGCUCUGGGAUCUGGGUUCUGGAUCCCAUCCCAACAAACUUCCUUGCGUGUACUGUACGCGUUUCUAGGCUGGGGCCGCAACAACCUCAACACGGCGUUGCCUCAGCUACUCGCGGCUUCGGCCAAUUUAUCGUGCGCCCAAACAGAACGCGCCUACAAUCCCGAUCUGGAGGGCAACCGGUGGGAUGGGGGAAGUGAUAACCUUGAAGCCGACCUGGCGCCGUGGCGUGGGCGCGCGCCACUGUCAGCUGCCGAUAUCCCUGGAGCAUACAUGACGGUGUUACAGACUAUGAACAUCCCGGCAGUAAUUCAGCUGGCGUUGAUCUACAACAACCGGCUCUACUGGCCGAACCGACCUGAUCCCAACGGAGGCGAACCCACCCGGCUGUGGGCGAGCUAUUUCGUCAUCCACUUCCACCGCCGGCUGACGGCUGCGUUGGCCUCAGGCCGUUUAGUGCUGCCCAACGCGCUGUUCAUCUACAACACCGAUGACAAUGCGCCCCGCUUCAACGCGCCGGGCCGCAAGUUGCCGGUGCCGCUGUUGAGCCUAAUCAAGUCACAGGGGCUCGAGGGAGGGGACGACCUGGACAUAUUGGUGCCGCAGAUGUACAUGGUCCAAAGUUCGAUGUUCUUUGUGCCUUGGCAUCUUAAGACUGACCGCGCAUUCUUCCGCGGUAUGCCGUUCUGUAACUCCGUGUGGAGGUCUCGCUACGGCGUCCUGGAUGCCUGUGCGCGGCUGUACCUGUCUCACCUCAGCUAUCAAGGGCUGCUAGCCGGCGGCAACGACACGACGUUGGACUGCGGCCUGGCGGAGCCGUUUAAACACAGAUUGGACAGCCCUAAUACGUUCCUAAAGUACGAUCUGCCCGUACUGGGCCGAGUACCUUUCCCGGAUCAUGCGCACUACAAGUGGCUGCUGAACCUGGAGGGCAUCACUGCCAGCUCGCGGCUCGGCCAGCUCUUCCACAUCAACUCGCUGGUCAUCUCUCAACGCUCCCCCUACCUGGAGUACUUUUACAGGUCGCUGCGGCCGUGGGAGCAUUACGUGUUGUUCUGGAACGCCACAGCACCCAACGGCACUCAGCUGGGUAUGGACGACGUGUACAGCACGAUUGAGGAGUUGCGCCGCUUGGACCGGGAGCAGCCUUGGAAGAUCCAGGAGGUGAUCAGUGCGGCCAACAGCUUCGCCGUCCGGUUCCUCCAACCGCAUACACGACUGUGGUAUUACCAAGAGGCAAUCACACGGUACAAGAGCCUGUUUCGAGACAUGGAUAACUUCUUGGAGUCCUUCGUUCAAGCUCUUCGACAGAAGGGCUGGCUCAUUCCGUAA